UGUCUCUCGUGUUGAAGAAUCGAAGACCAGUCUGUUCUGGCGGAGUGGCAUUCGUCUUCCCCGCCGGUCAUCCGUGUCUCGUGGGGGAGUUGUGGAUGUUGAGCUUGAGGAUGAGUCAUGCAGUGGGCCUUCCAGCUCCUCUGCACCUCAAUGGCAAUUCCUCUUCAACCACAAGCGACAACGUCAACGUGGGGAAGCCGAGUGUAACGGGGUACAAGUGGCGUUUGGUGAUAGCGUACGACGGCACCCACUACGCAGGCUGGCAAUAUCAGCAAUCUCCACCCACUAUACAAUGUAUCAUGGAAAAAGCUUUGACUCGAAUCACAAAGGUGGAAAGGGAGGAUCUCCAUCUGGUUGGUGCAGGCAGGACAGAUGCAGGAGUUCAUGCCUGGGGUCAGGUAGCACACUUUGUCACACCAUUUAAUUAUGACAGCUUGGAUACCCUCCAUGCUGCUCUUAAUGGUCUUCUUCCAUCUGAUAUCCGUGUAAGAGAGAUUAGCCCUGCAGUGCCUGAAUUUCAUGCCAGAUUUUCCGCGAGAAGCAAGAUUUAUCACUACAAAAUAUACAAUGAUACUGUCAUGGACCCGUUUCUGCGAUGCUAUGCUUAUCGCAGUACUUACAAGCUAAACCCAGAAGCAAUGAAAGAAGCCGCUAAAUAUUUUAUCGGAAGACAUGAUUUUUCUGCUUUUGCAAAUGCAUCACGCAAUGAUCGAGCACCAAAUCCUGUCAAAAAUAUAUUCAGUCUUGAUGUCAUCGAAAAGGGAGCUCUUUUACAGAUAGAGGUUGAAGGUUCUGGAUUUAUGUAUAGACAAGUGCGGAACAUGGUUGCUCUGCUUAUACAAAUUGGAAGGGAAGCGAUGCCUCCUGGUAUUGUUCAUAUGAUUUUAGCAUCUCGGGACCGGAAGGAGUUAGCCAAAUAUUCGUUGUCUGCCCCACCUCAUGGGCUGUGUCUUGUAGCUGUCAAUUACAUUGAACAGCACAUGCAGCUUCCAUCAGGUUGCCCUCCUAAGAGUUUGGGAAGGAGUCACACAGUGAGCAAGUGCAAGCUUCCAUGCUGCUAGAGGGGCCAGAUCUUUUGUUCGAUUUGCUGGUCAAAGUGGUGACGAGCAGACGGUCAUUUGCGCUUCAAAAUGAAAAUUCGAGGUCUUGUCAGUUUGAUUCCAGAUUAUUUUGAUAUGGCCCUGGGGAUGCUUGAUCACGUACAGGUUUGACAGUUUUCUUUCCGACUGCAGAUUUCCGAUGUCAUGACCAUUUGCUAGGAUUAACUUUUGCUUCACAUUCAAGUUCCUCAUUCAUUGCUACUCGGGAUUCUGAAAGCAAACAAAGUGAAUCGAGGACUUCUGAUAUAUUCUAGAAUGCUAUUCAUGUAAUUGAAGGAGAGAGAGAGAGAGAGAGAGAGAGAGAUUGUAUCUGUACAAGAAUGCCAUCUUAUUAUGUAUCGGAACAGAAUGUUCAGUUCAUCCAUAUCAUCGUGCAGAGUGGAGGAGGAUU